UCCAUGGGCUAAAUCCAAGUGGCUAAAAUCUACGAUCACCGUUUUCUAUUAUCGGAAACAUAACAGAAAAUUUUUAUUGGGGAAACGCUCUCAAUUUCAACUCUCCUGCUCGAUUUUCGUGAAUUAAGGCAGAAAAAAAAAAUACACGCACAGCAGAGACUCAAUUUUCUCCAAUUUCGAUCCAAUGGCUUCUCGCAGACGCAUGCUCUUAAAAGUCAUAAUUCUCGGUGACAGCGGGGUUGGGAAGACCUCGUUGAUGAAUCAGUACGUGAAUCGGAAGUUUAGUAAUCAGUACAAAGCGACGAUAGGAGCUGAUUUUUUGACAAAAGAAGUUCAAUUUGAGGAUAGGUUGUUCACAUUGCAGAUAUGGGAUACUGCUGGGCAAGAAAGGUUUCAAAGUCUUGGAGUGGCUUUCUAUCGUGGCGCUGACUGUUGUGUUCUUGUGUAUGAUGUGAAUGUCAUGAAAUCAUUUGAUAAUCUUAACAAUUGGAGAGAAGAGUUUCUGAUUCAGGCUAGUCCUUCUGACCCUGAAAACUUCCCAUUUGUUGUGUUGGGGAACAAGAUAGAUGUGGAUGGUGGAAAUAGUCGGGUGGUUUCAGAGAAGAAAGCAAAGGCGUGGUGUGCUUCUAAAGGAAACAUACCUUACUUUGAGACUUCUGCAAAAGAAGGAUUUAAUGUGGAUGCUGCUUUCCAAUGCAUAGCCAAAAAUGCACUCAAGAAUGAGCCUGAAGAAGAAAUAUAUCUUCCUGAUACAAUCGACGUAGCGAGUGGAGGGCAGCAGCAAAGAUCCACAGGAUGUGAAUGUUGAGAAGGAAUUUCCAGACUCCCAUCAUUUUUAUUGGAAAUGCAACUUCUUUUCAAAUGUUUCCACUCAGUAUGCAGUGAUCAUAACAAGGGGACUAAUAACUAGGAAGAGGGCAUACAAAAUUUCAUUAUGUAUCAUAUGCAACUGUGGGAGCACAGUUCCAUUUUUAAUCAUUUUGUUUCCUUCUGAAAAUUUUACACUUGUAUUCAAUUAUGAUUCCUCUGGAUGAUUAAUAUUAUUAUACAGGGAAAUUGAUGUUUUCUUCAUUUA